UUUUAUUUAGUUAAAUGUUUUGUUAUCAAAGCAAUGUGGUUUGUUGGGGUAUUACUAUUAGGAGCAUUAGUUCCAACUUUUGCAUUAGAAAAUGGGUUAGCCAGGACACCACCAAUGGGUUGGAUGACUUGGCAGAGAUUCAGAUGCAAUAUUGAUUGCGAAAAUGAUCCUGAUAAUUGCAUUAGUGAGAAUUUAAUUAAGAAAAUGGCUGAUAAGAUGGCAUCGGAAGGAUAUUUGGAAGCAGGAUACCAAUAUAUCGUCAUCGACGAUUGUUGGUCAGAAAAACAAAGGGAACCAAAUGGUGAACUCCUUGCUGACAAGAAAAGAUUUCCAAGUGGCAUGGGAAAUUUAUCAGAUUAUGUCCAUUCAUUAGGAUUGAAAUUUGGUAUCUAUCAAGAUUAUGGUACACACACAUGUGCUGGUUAUCCUGGUAUUUUUGGCCACAUGAAGAUAGAUGCUGAGACAUUUGCAAAAUGGAAAGUCGACUACGUCAAAUUAGAUGGAUGCAAUUCAAAUCCAGCAGAUAUGGACACCGGUUAUCCUGAAUUUGGAAGGUAUUUGAAAGAAACUGGUAGAAACAUGUUUUUUGCAUGCGGUUGGCCACUAUUCCAAACUGUUGGAGAAGUACCGCGAAACUACUCUCUAAUUUCGGAGCAUUGUAAUUCGUGGAGAAAUUGGCAUGAUAUUCAAGAUAGUUGGGGUUCAGUACAAUUUAUUGUUAAUUAUUAUGAAAAAAAUCCAGAUAACAUUAUUGACUUUGCUGGACCUGGUCAUUGGAACGAUCCUGACAUGUUGGUCAUCGGAAACUUUGGAUUAAGUUUUGAGCAAAGUAAAACCCAAAUGGCUUUAUGGGCAAUUAUGGCAGCACCUUUAAUCAUGUCCAACGAUUUAAGACAUAUUAGUGAUGAAUCUAAAGCUAUUUUGCAGAAUGCCAGAGUCAUUAAAAUAAAUCAAGAUCCUUUAGGAAAGCAAGGAAAGCAAAUCUUUAGUGAAAAUAAUGUUGAAAUUUGGACUAGACCAAUCACACCAGUUGAAAAUGAAUUUUAUUCUUAUGCUAUUGCUUUUGCAAAUGGACGUGAUGAUGGAACGCCUUAUAAAGUAACAAGAACUCUCAAAGAAUUAGGUUUGGUAGCACCAGCUGGAUAUCAUGUAGAGGAUGUAUAUGACAGAACAAAUUAUGGACUUUUAUAUCCAGAAGACAGAAUUGAAGUACAUAUAAAUCCUUCAGGUGUUGUUUUCCUGAGAGCAAAUGUUCAGCAAUAA